AUGAUUUCUCUUGUCAAAUUAAUUAAAUCAAUCAAUUUACACAUUAAAGUUUUGUAGAAUUACUUUAUCCUUGGAUAUUUAAUUUUUUAAGAACAUAUCAAUAUAUAAGAAGCUUCAAACUAAGCUUUCUAACGAAUAAGAUAUUAAUAAGGAAAGCAUAUAAAUCGUUUUGAAUGUAUAAACUCAACUAUUCUAAGAUUUUUAUAUAUUGUAAUUUUAAAGGAGAGAAGAUUAAGAAUAGCUUUGAUUUGUUAAAUACUAAUAGUGAUUAUAAAGAAAACUUAAAAUUAAUUGGAAUCUAUCGCGAGUCCUCUUUAAAAUUUUAUAAGAAUGAUUCAUGCCUAUUGCGCUUGUGCUAUAGUUUAAGGUGUGAGCCUAAGUUUUGCAUGGAUUGUUGGGAUCAAAUGAUAGAAAUUUAAUUAUCAAACUUUAUACCGAUUGUGAAAAUUUUAGAAUAUCGAUUUUUCGUAAGAUUACCUCAUUUGUAUUGGAAUAGAAUUAGUCUUACAAAGAAAUAUUGGUAAGAGGAUGUUGGAUAAUGAUAAAAAUUUUACUUGGUGUCCAGCUAUAGAUGAAAUAUUAUUUAUAAGGAUUUUAAUGUUAAUACAUUUAUAAAUUAGAGUAGUUUUCAUAGAAAUAGAAAUGCCUUUGUGGGUUAAGUUUUGUCCAAAUUGUAAGACGGAUAAUCAUUAACCCAUAACUUGCCAUAUUUGUAAUGAAAUCACAUAGUUUAAAGAAGCAAAUUAAUCUUGGAUAUCAUUAGAUUUCUGCAUGUCCUAAUUGCAAGAGGUACAUACAAAAGAUUCAAGACUGCAUGUAAAUUUCAUGUGUUUAUGGGAAUGACUUCUGUGUGAAUUGUUCAUUGCCUUGGAAUCCAGAUCAUGGAUAGGACUUUUAUAAUUGUCCAUUUGCAGCUCAUAAUAAAAACCCUUCUUAAAUAAUGAUUUAAAUGUGCCUAAAUGAGGCUGCUAUAUCAAGGAUUAUUUUUGAAUGAGAGUAUUAU